UAUUUGAAUGAAAGAGAGAGAGAGAAGGAAAGUGGAUACAUGAAGGAUUUUGGACAUGAUUUUAAUUUUUGUAGGUGAAGUGUCGGUGGUGUAAAAACUAGAAAUUAUAAAGUGAGGAGGAGGCUGGGAUUAGCAUAUGAUAUGGGAUUGUAGAGUGAGUGUGUGCUUGGGUUCUCUUAUUUUCUGCUGAAACUUUGAAAUUGAAUCUCAAGGUUCCUUUUUUAUUUUUAAGAAAGUUUAGGGUUACUUCUGAGUUGAAGCAUAAGAGAUGGGAGUGGAUUUGAGACAAGGGGUUGCAGGUGUGCUCACCCUCACAAUGUUUGUCAUGCUCGGAAAUAUGAUCAAAAGAGACCACUUUGAUUCACUUCAGGAAAAGCUACCAGGAGGAUCGGAGGAUGCCAACUUUCAGAGUGCUCAGUUUGAUGCUACUCAUGUGAGAAAGAAUAUAGGGAUUUGGAAAGGAGAUGUGGAUGACCUAAAACCGUGUUGGGUUAAGCCAUCCGUUGAUGAUGUGGAGCAGACUGAAGGAUUUGUUACUUUUGCGUUAACCAAUGGCCCAGAGUAUCAUAUUUCUCAGAUAGCAGAUGCUGUGAUUGUUGCUAGAAGUCUGGGGGCAACACUUGUGAUGCCUGACAUCAGAGGAAGCCAACCUGGUGACAAGAGGAAUUUUGAGGACAUUUAUGAUGUUGAUGUGUUCAUGAAAAGCAUUGAAGGGGUGGUCAGAGUGGUAAAGGAUCUUCCUGCUCAUAUUUUAACCCGGAAUAUUGCUGCUGUGAAAGUCCCUAAUCGGGUUACGGAAGAUUACAUAGCUGAACAUGUGGAGCCAAUAUACAGAACAAAGGGAAGUAUAAGACUUGCAACUUACUUCCCUUCAAUAAACAUGAGAAAGGCAGGGAAAAAAGGUGACACUGAUUCAGUUGCAUGCUUAGCAAUGUUUGGAAGCUUAGAGUUGCAGCCAGAAAUGCAUGAAGUGGUUGGCUCAAUGGUUGAAAGACUAAGAACUUUAAGCCGAAAUUCAGAUGGGCAAUUCAUAGCUGUGGACUUGAGGGUUGAGAUGUUGGAUAAGAAGGGCUGCCAAGGUAGUGAUAAUGAUGGGGAGAAAAGCUGCUACAAUGCACAAGAGAUUGCAGUAUUUUUGAGGAAGAUUGGUUUUGACAAGGAUACCACAGUUUAUGUGACAGAGUCAAGGUGGGAUAGCAGCCUUGAUUCUCUGAAGGAUUUGUUCCCUAAGACUUACACAAAGGAAGCCAUCAUGCCGGCAGAUAAGAAGAGAGAGUACCUAGAUUCUGAAUUUGAGAAAGUGAUCGACUUUUACGUGAGUGCAGAGAGUGAUGUAUUCGUACCAGCAAUUUCAGGUCUGUUCUAUGCCAAUGUAGUUGGAAAGAGAAUAGGUUCUGGAAAAACACGCGUGCUGGUUCCAGCUUCAUCUGCUUCUGCCUCCAAUUUCCUCUCUCCUUAUGUCUCUAACAAAAACCACUUUGCAUAUUCUUGUUACUGUUAGUUCAUUUCCUCUCACCCUUCCAAUCCAACAUCUUCAUUUAUUUAUCAUGCUCCAAGACACAAUCUCACUUUCCCAAACUACCCGCCCAUUGUGGCUUUUUGCGUUUUCCCCCUUCAAUUUAUCUUUUCAGGCGUUCCAAGUCACCGUCAUAUAUGUACAGAGGGCUUUCUAUUCCUCACAUUUUGUUUGUAAAAUUCUGGUUGCCUCAUAGUCAUAGUUAUUGAUCAUAAUUGGUGCUGGUGAAACUGAAGAUGAUAUAUUUGUUUCAUAUCUCCAUGGUAUGUCAUUCUAUAUAUUGGAUUUUUUUCUUCGUGAUAUAAGGUAUAUGUAUUUUUUGAA